AUGUCCUGCAAGAAAAAACAAUUGAUAAAAAAGAUAAAAGUUAAGUGUAAACCUCAGUUACAUCCUUACGACCAAUGGUUUCCAGUCGGAACAGGAAAUUAUUAUAAAGGCAAAUGGAAUCAUAGAACGAUGUCUGGAGAUGGCAUUUACGUUAUGCAAAAUGGAACUGUUUAUGAGGGCAAUUUCGACGACGGAUUGUUUCACGGAGAUGGAUCUAUGUACUAUCCAUCAGGAUCCCGAAUUGAAGGAGUUUGGGAAAAGGGCAAAUGCGUACAACAAAAUUAUAUAUUCAGCGAUGGUCUCAGAUUUCAGAAAAAUAAUUGGCAGUACUGUAAGGUGCCUGACAGAAGAUUUGCCGUUGAACAUGUCAAUGGUUUUGAACCAGCUGCUAGGAGUAAGGUUACCAAUCGACAGUCCACGAUCGUUGUGCCAAACGGAGCAUAUGACGCAGGUGAUGGAUUUUACUGGCUGCAUACGAACACUGUACACGAUUACUGGACAAAUGAGUUAAUUAGGGUUCCAACAGCAGAAUCCAGUAAUUGGAUUAUUGAAAACUGCCAUCAAGGUGGCAAAAGAGUGGUAGGUUUUCAAACAGAAUUUUACAAAAAUUGGUAUGAUACAACAGAAAAAAAUGAAGGAGAAUCUACAGCUACAGAUAGCAUAUCUUCCGAACAAUUCAAUAACGAUAACCGAUCAAUUAUGGCAGAAAUCAAAUCAAUUCCUUGGUUCGAUUUAUCUCUACGAAGCAUUAUAAAGUCCGUACAAGGAUCAUUUCCGUUGGAUCAAUUUUCGUCGUCAUCAACGGAGAGUUUUCAACUAAGCCGUUGCCAAAGGACCUUAGGAUUGAUUGACAAAGUGGCAACAAAUUACAAUUAACGUAUUGAUAAUUUCAGGAUCACUACCAACGAUGAUGCAUACAAAUAAAAAUAACAAAUACAAUAUUGAAGAGGUCAAACGUAUUAAAUGUCUAUGGAACCCGCAGAUUUGUUAUCCAUAUGAGUGCAAAGUUUAUCUUCCGUCAAGUUAUAAUAUGGACAUGGGUUUUCCGUUUACACAAUCUACAUGAAUAGAUACGAAAACAACAACCUUUAAUUUAAUUUACACGAAACCGGUUUCGUACCACAGUCGCGUAAAUUAUCAGUUAC